CUUAUAAGCAACAAUACACCAUCCUUAUAAUUCUCCUCUCAUCUCUAGUUGUCUUAAUUUCUGUGCAUUCACAGCUCCCGGAUCAUCCAGAUCCGAUCUCUGUUUAAAUCCGACCCGUUUUUCAUAGACAAGAGAUAUGUUGGAUCUUAAUAUAGAUACAAGCUCAGCUCAGUACAAAACAGUUGAACAACAGAAUUCAAGUGUCCAGAAUGUUCUAGAAGCUUCCGUUUCCGGCACUUCAGUUUCCUCCGUCGUCAACGCCGACGAAGCUCCGGCGAGCUCCGGCGAGUCUAUCGCUGCUUUUGGAUUCAACAUGUUGUUUGAGAAAAAAUGUGAUAGAAAUGGCGGGAGUUCGCCGGGAUUGCCGGAAUUGCAGCUUUUUCCGGUGAUCGGAGGUGAGCUGAGCAAUGAAACGGCGUCGUCUAAGUCAUUGCUAAGGCCGGAGUGGCUGAAUUUAUCGGUGCCCGAGGCGCCUAUGGAUUAUCGGGUGAAGAUGAUGGAGGAGAAGCCGCCGCCGCCGGUGGUGGUGCAGCCGGCGGUGAAGAAGAGCCGGAGAGGACCGAGGUCGAGAAGCUCGCAGUAUCGAGGUGUUACGUUUUAUCGGAGGACUGGUCGGUGGGAAUCACACAUCUGGGAUUGUGGGAAGCAAGUUUACUUAGGUGGAUUCGACACUGCACAUGCUGCGGCUAGAGCUUAUGAUCGGGCUGCAGUGAAGUUCCGCGGAAUUGAUGCUGAUAUUAAUUUUACUAUCAGUGACUACGAGGACGAUUUGAAACAGAUGAAAGACUUGACGAAGGAAGAAUUUGUCCAGAUUCUUCGUCGCCAGAGCACUGGAUUCUCACGUGGGAGCUCAAAAUUCAGAGGGGUGACCCUGCACAAAUGUGGCCGCUGGGAAGCUCGAAUGGGUCAACUACUUGGAAAGAAGUAUGUGUAUCUUGGACUAUUCGACAGCGAAAUAGAAGCUGCAAGGGCUUAUGACAAAGCUGCUAUAGAAUGUAAUGGACGGGAAGCAGUGACUAACUUCGAGUCUAGUAACUAUGAAGCCGAAGUCACUAUGUCUAACAAUAAUAAAGACAGACACCAUGAUCUAGAAUUAAACCUUUCCAUUGGAUCUUUGAAAGGGAAUGACAAUAUGAGGAGUAUGCAACUCAAUGAAGCAACAUACGAAUUGACAAAUAGUGGUAAAAGAUCAAAGGUUGAAACCUUUUUUUCUGCUCCUACAAGGGAAGAGACAUCCCGUGCAACAGUGGCAUCGAAACAGAAUCCUACAUGGCCCAGCAUAUAUACUACUUUUGCUCCAAAUUAUGAGGAUAGGGCAACCAGAAAGCCAGAAGCCGAAGCUGGUCCUUCUCUGGGAUUCACCAACUGGGCAUGGCAAAUGAAUGGCCAGGGAAUUGUCACCCCCGUUCCACUGUUUUCAACUGCAGCAUCAUCAGGAUUCUCUUCAACAACCCCGUUAUUUUCAGGCACCCUUUUACAAUCAAACGCCCAAAACAAGAAACUCUGCGUCCCAUCGCCUGCCAACGGAACUCCCCUUUACUAUGGUGGCAAAAACUGAAACAAUUCAACCCCUACAGGCAAAAUGCUUGAUGUUCCAGCAUCAGAGACCAGCAAGCUGGAAUAAGCUACUUGCUGAAACAACUAAGGUCUGUAGAGUUGGAGUUCAUUUGUGUAUACAAUACAUGUAGUAUCAUCAUAGAUUGAUAUGAUCAAUACUAACUUAUUAUUUGCAACUUCUGUUUGAAGUAUAAUUGCGGCUAGUUUGUAUUUGGUUUAUAUAAUCAUCAUCCGCAGUGGUCGUCUA